AUGAACUCACCAAAAAAGUAUGCUCUUCCUACUCUUAAUAACUUAAAAAUUAUCUAGUCCUCCUAUGGUCAAAGAAUCAGUAAAUGUGUAAUUAUUUUAAUUAAUAAUUGUUAGACUCAUCAAACCAUUAAAAAGGACACAAAGAAGAUAAUUGAUACAAAAUUAUUAUCUUAAACAUAAAUUGAAUAAGCUAAGCAACGUUUCAUUGCUAAUCAAGAGAAAUAAAAAUAAAUGCAAAAGAGCCUACCUCCAAUUUUGAAAAGAAAGGAAUUUCAUUAAAGAAGUGUUUCAGUUUCAGCUCCAAAAACACAAUAUUCAAAAUAUUUUUAUUUUAUAGGAGAAGGCAAUAAUCAUCAACUCAUUAAGAAACUAUUAGAUGAAAGAUAGAACUGGGUUUAGGUAAAGGAUCCAAAAUCUAAGAAAAUUAAUUUUAAAUGGCAAGAAACAGAAAAGGGAUAUGAAUAUUAAACUAUUAAUUAAAAAGAACAACCAAUUUAGAUGCUUAAUCAUUUUGAGUUUCAUUCAGAAAUUUCUGAUAAGUUUAAGUUAGCUGUGAAUUUCAAAGCAUAUUGUGAUGUAUCUAUAAUAUUUAAUAAAGAAAAAUAGAUUAAAUAUAUAUGAUUACAUACCUACUACUUUUGUCAUAGAAUGCACUAAUGAAAACUUAAAAUCUGAAUUAUUUUAGUUUAUUUCCUUUUACAGAUAAAAUUGUCCUUAACAUAAAUUACCUGAAUUGGAUAAAACUAUUAAAUAAUAUUUCUUUUCAUAUACAACACUAUAUGAUAACAAAGUAAAUCAUUAUCCAACUUUAUUUGGUAAUGAAAAUUUAUGGAUCUUUAAGCCUUCAAAUAUGAAUUAAGGAAGAGGUAUUCAUGUAGUAAGAAGCUUAUAGGAAGUAUUAGAUAUUUAAAGCAAAUAUUAAGGGGGAUAUAAGGAGAAAUUGUUGGAAGUGAAAAGAAAUGAAUAGAAUGAAAUAAUCAAUAAGGUGGUUUAUUUAAAUACAUUAGUGACAGAAUAAUUUGUAAUCUAAAAAUAUAUAGAGAAACCAUUAUUAAUAGAUGAUAGAAAAUUUGAUAUAAGAGCCUACAUUUUAUUAACAUCAAAUUUAUAGAUAUAUUUUUAUAGAGAGGGUUAAUUGAGAUUGGCAACAGAGAAAUUUGAUACAAAAGUACAAUCUAAUUAUGUACAUCUCACAAAUAAUGCCAUUUAAUAUACUCAUCCUGAAUAUGGUAAAUCUGAAGAAGGAAAUUAAUAUAGUUUUGAUUAGGCUCAAAAUAUAUUUAAAAAAGAUUUUAGAAAAGAAGUAAGAUUAAUUUAAAUUUAGAUUUUAGGGAAAAUUAAAACGAUAUCUUAUACAGCAUUUUAAACAGUAAAACAUAAAAUAAAUAAAUAAAAACGAAAAAAUUGUUUUGAAAUAUUUGGAAUGGAUUUCAUUAUUGAUGAAUAAUAUACUCCUUGGUUGAUAGAAGUAAAUACAAAUCCAAGUUUAGAAGUAACAAGCAAAUUAUUAGAUUAACUAUUUGCAAGAAUGGUGAAUGAUGCAUUUCGAAUCACAAUUGAUUUGGUUUUUCCUUAAAUUGAACCAAAUUGCAAUUAUCCUUUAAUGAAUUAUAAAGAUGAUGAAAAUCUAUGGGAUAGUAUGGGUUAUCUAUAAUCAUGA